AUGCUUAUAUUCUAUAGACCCAGACAAACUUACAAAUUUCAAAUCCAUGUCAAUGUGGCAUCUCGAGAAAAAGUGGCGUUCGAGUUAACAUAUCGGGAAAUUCUCAGGGGAACAAAAGGUCUAUACAACCAUGUUAUUUACAUUAAUCCUGGACAAGUGGUGGAAGAUUUAAAAAUCAACGUCUUAAUCAAGGAAUCAAGGAAUAUUACAACCAUCAAAAGCCUGCCAAUAAGAAAUGAUCUUCUUACAGAAGGACCAGAAGCAUCUUUUCAGGUAAUGGAUGGUUAUUUUGUGCAUUUCUUGGCACCCGAGGGAAUCGAACCGAUGCCAAUGGAUAUCGUAUUCGUACUGGAUAAAAGUGGUUCCAUGAGUGGGACAAAAAUGAAACAGCUUCAAAAAUCCAUGUCCAAAAUUAUUGAAGAUAGAAGGCUUACAAAAACGCGAAUAAGUGGAACUAAAGGAAGGGCACCUCUUCUGGUUUUCUUAACCGAUGGACAAGCCACCUCUGGAGAGAUCAGAACUGAAAGCAUACUAGAAAAUGUAAAGAAACAGAACGAAGCGGAAAUGCCCAUUUUUAGUCUUGUUUUUGGAAAAGAUGCUGACUUUGAUAUAGUCAAAAGGCUCGCAGCACAGAAUAACGGAUUUGCAAGGAAAAAUGAAGACUCUGAUGCAUCUCUCCAGAUAGCUGGGUUUUAUGAAGAAAUAUCAACCGUUUUACUGAAGAAUGUCUCAUUCAGCUAUAUCGAUGGAACACUGUAUGACUCCACAGUUACUGAGACUAUCUUCAACACUUACUUCAAGGGUACUGCAUUGAUUGUUUCUGGUCAAAUAAGAGAUCUGAGCAAAUUACAGUCGGGUAUGACUGUUGAUGGAGAAGGACAUAAGACCAAAGUGUCUAUUCAUAUACCUCCCUAUCAUAGCGUCAUUCUCCCAUUUUAUCCCCGAUGGAAUGAGGUUCUUAUACGUUCACAACCUAUGACCUUCAGAAAACCAGGCAUGAUAGAGAAACUCUGGGCGUAUUUGUCUAUCAAACAAAUGCUGAAAAAUAAAGAUGUACUUGAUUCACCGUCUGAGAUAAAAAAGUUAGAGGACAACAUUCUUCAACUUUCUUUGAAAUAUCAGUUUGUGACACCUUUAACUUUUAUGGUGGUUACUCUUCCCGAUAAAACCAAAAUUAAUCCAAGUCCAAGCAGUCGCAGUGGACAGGUGGUACAAAACCAUAUGUUUUCACCUUGGGCUCAGCCACAAAGCUACCGCACUGAUGGUCAAUUUGGAACUAAGAUGAUAGAAAGAAUCACAGUGAAAGAUGACAGGGUCAUGACCUUUAUCGUCAACCGGAAAGACCGAACUAAGACAACAGUGUACCGGAAGUAUAUAGGAGGAAUCACUGUAAAAGGUGUAAGGGACCCCCAGUUAACAACUAGAACAGCACUGCAUUGGACACCAGAGGGCAAAAGAAAGAGGGGGAGGUCUGGAACAUCACGGCGAAGGACAGUUGAAGGGAAGAUAAAAGCAAUGCACCAGACCUGGGGAUCAUUGAGAAGGUUGGCCCAGUAUAGACAACUUCACAAGAGUGGAGGAAGUUUGUUGCUGCCCUACACAUCACAGGGUGUAAAGGACAAUGAUGAUGAAAC